AUGACGCCUCAGAGAGCGAGAGAGUUGAUUUCAACCACGGAUGCCAACUCUCAACAAUUUCGACCUGUUACAGAACCCACGAGACGGGUUCAUGGAUUAAGUUCUUUGUCUUUGGAAGAUAAGAUUGAUAAGCUGACUAAUGUUGUUCAAACUUUGCUUUCAGAUAAAAUAAGCCCAGCACAGUUAUGCGGAAUUUGCCCCAAGCCAGACCACCCAACAGACUCAUGCCUGAUUUUACAGGAGGAUUCGACAGAACAAGCGAAUACUGUCGGGAACUUUCCAGGACCACCCCAAAGACGGUAUGACCCCUACUCGAACUCGUAUAAUGUAGGGUGGAAAGAUCACCCGAAUCUCAGUUAUGGGACGAAUCCAUGGUUCAAUCAACCAUUUGAACAGAGGUCACCGCAGAAUCAACAGAUACCAAUCCCAAAGUCAUCUUUGGAAGCCAUAGUGGAAAGGUUAGCCAAUAGUACUGAGAAAUUCCAACAAAAAACUGACAUGCUUUUGCAGGAGUUGGACAAGCAAGUGAGCAAACUUGUGCUCACGGUUAGCCGUUUGGAGUCCCAAGGUAAGUUACCGUCCCAAACUGACCUAAAUCCUCGACAUAAUGUAAGUGCUAUAACUUUGAGGAGCGGGAAGGUUUUGGUGCCCGUACCUGGCACGAGUCUUGCCCACGACACUGGUCGAGAUGAGAAAAAAUUUGACACAGAGGCUCUAGUAGAGUCAGCACCACAAAAGUCAUUUGUAGUACCACCUUCAUUUCUCAGAAGACUUGUCCAAUGCAAGAAGGAGCAAGACGAGAAAGAGAUCCUCGACACCUUCCAAAAAGUGGAAAUUAACAUACCUCUUCUCGAUGCAAUUAAGCAAAUCCCACGAUACGUAAAAUUCUUAAAAGAGUUAUGCACAAGUAAAAGGAAACUUCUGGGCAAUGAAAAGGUAAGUGUUGGAGAAAAUGUCUCCGCCGUUCUGCAACGGAAAAUACCGCCCAAAUGUAAGGACCAAGGUAUGUUUUUCAUAUCUUGUAAAAUAGGUAGUGUCGGUAUUAGAAAAGCAAUGUGCGACUUAGGCGCAUCAAUUAAUGUUAUGCCUUUGUCAAUUUAUAAACUACUUAGCGUGGGUCCUUUAAAGGAAACAGGUGUGAUUAUUCAGCUUGCAGAUAGAUCCGUAGUGCAUCCGGAAGGAGUGCUGGAGGAUGUUCUUGUUAAGGUAAACGAGCUAAUAUUUUUUGCAGACUUCUACAUUAUCGACAUGCAGGAUGACAACUCGGCCAAUUUGUCUGAGAUACUUCUCGGGAGACCAUUCUUGAGUACAGCAUGA